AUAUUUUGGCAAUAGUCAACAACAACAAAAUUCUCGUCGUCGUAAAUUAAGAAGGAUGCGAAUCAAAGAAUACCUUUUGCAUCUUCUGGUAACGAAUAUGAACAUGGGAUCUUCGCCGAGAUGGUGGCAAUUGAAUACCCUUUCUUCAAUAUUCAUUGUUUAUGCAUCGAUAAUGCUACGUCUAUUGUCCGUUCGAUUUGCUUAUCUGAAUUCACUUCUCACUGGAUACACAUACAAGGAGCAGCAGAAGCCUCGGCAACGAUUGCGUACGCGAGCAGCUAAUAAUAUGCGCUUAGCCGCUCCACCAGCCCCAGCCAUGGCCAAUUUUCCUGAUGAUUCACUUUUUACUUUUCGAAUGUACAACAAGUUAUUGCGUCUGUACAAAUUGGUCAACGACAACUGCAGUUUAAUACUGGUCGUCUAUAUGGGUUAUGCCUUUUAUUCGAUUACAACAACUACAUACAAUCUCUUUGUGCAGAUUACAACACAGCAGGGAAUGUCGCCUUACGUUUUGCAAAUAUGUUUCGCCUUGUUAGUUGUCCAUACAGCGAUGUUGGCCUUGUUAUCCCGAUGUUCUGGCGAAGCUACAGACCAGGCAAAUUUGACAUCUCAGAUUCUAGCACGAGUCUAUGAAAAGUCUAAGGAGUACCAAAAUAUUAUUGACAAAUUUUUAACGAAGAGCAUUAAACAAGAAAUGCAAUUUACGGCUUAUGGGUUUUUUGUAAUUGAUAACUCAACUCUUUUCAAGAUAUUUUCGGCGGUUACAACAUAUCUUGUCAUACUUAUACAAUUCAAACAACUGGAGGAAUCAAAGUUAGAGGAUGCCGGGGUGCCAAGUUCGUCGCCGGUGGCUGUGACUGUAGCUUCUACAACGAUGUUAAUUGAAACCAGACAAUGAGCAGGAAAAAAUAAAUAGAUACGUAUAUUUUCUUCGGUUUGAUUCAAAUCUAAAAAUAAUUUGUGUGUAACAGACGACACUAAAGCUAAACGAAUAUUUUAAUGUUUGUAUUUAUGUACACUAUUAAUAGUAUGAAUAAACACUUGAAUAAAUGAAAACAUCAA